AAGCGAACCAACCGCCAAAGUGAGAAAAACUUUGGCGGGCAGAUUCUCAUAGAAAUUCCCUCUCAAUGUUCUCUUUACGCAUCUUCAUCAAUUCUCUGUGUCUCUAUGUUUCUUGAGACUAAAAAUGGAGUCUAAAGAUCAUCUCGCCCUCAACAGCAUUGCUUCCAGUGCUCAAUCGAUUGCGAUUGCUAAUAAUAAUGGCGCUAAAUCAGCUUUGAUCUUUCUCGGGACUGGCUGCUCAAACUCCGUUCCCUCCUUAUUGUGCCUGAUCCAGCCAUCAGAUCCACCCUGCCAUGUUUGCUCUCAAGCCCUCUCUGUCCCGCCCGAGCAAAACCGCAACUACAGGUGCAAUACGUCUCUUCUUAUAGAUUAUUGCCAGAGUGAUGAGAAACACAGCUACAUAUUGAUUGAUGUGGGAAAGACUUUCAGGGAACAAGUACUUAGGUGGUUCACUUUUCAUGAGAUUCCUCGAGUGGAUUCUAUUGUCUUGACUCAUGAACAUGCUGAUGCAGUUCUUGGUCUGGAUGACAUGCGUGCUGUGCAACCAUAUAGUCCAACCAAUGAUAUUGAUCCAACCCCUAUUUACCUCAGCCAGUCUUCCAUGGAUAGGUGCAUACAAUUUCUCAACAAUAUCUCUUUGAAAUUUGCUUACUUGAUAAACAAAAAGUUAAGAGAAGGCCAAGAAAUAAGGCGGGUGGCACAGUUCGAUUGGAAGAUAAUUGAGGAAGACUGUCAAAGACCAUUUAUUGUAUCUGGCUUACAAUUUGUUCCUUUGCCAGUUAUGCAUGGAGAAGAUUAUGUUUCAUUGGGUUUUCUCUUUGGUGAAAAAAGUAGAGUAGCUUAUAUAUCUGAUGUUUCACGUAUUCCUACAACAACAGAAUAUGUAAUAUCAAAGUCUGGGGCUGGGCAAUUGGAUCUUCUUAUCUUAGAUGCUUUGCGGAAGAAUGGGUCCCACAACGUUCACUUCUGCUUACCUCAGACCCUUGAAGCUGUGAAGAGAUUACGUCCGAAGCAAGCUCUUUUAAUUGGAAUGGGUCAUGAUUUUGAUCAUUACAAGGGAAAUGACUUCUUAGCAGAAUGGUCUGAAAGGGAAGGAAUACCAGUGCAGCUUGCACAUGAUGGUUUGAAAAUUCCCAUGGACCUAUGAGAAAGUUGAGAUCUGAAUUGUGAGUUAUCAGCAGAGAUGUUCUUAUAUUGUUUCCAUCCAUUGCUGAUAUGAACUACACGAAAUGAAUUUAUGUGUAGCUUCAACAGCUCAUACUCAAUAGCUUAGACAAUAUUUGCCCCCGAAAACGACAUCACAGCUGAAAACGACAAUAUUUUUUUCCUAUUUUGAAGUUUUUUUCUAUCUGAUGGCUAUCUAAUUUGUAUUCAUAUUAUAUUUCAACUCUAUUGACUUGUAAAAUAACUAUUACAAUUGAAAUAAAUUUUAUAUAUAUAUAAU